ACUACAUACAUACCGUAUCCGCGCUCUAUUUUUAUGUCUACAGUAACUACAUCUACAGCAGCUGACGGUCUUUAUUUAGAUAAUAUUUUGUAUUGCUUUAUUUUCCUUGUUUUUAUAUAUGUUUUUUCACGGGUAAAUAGUGUUCUCCAAUAAGCAUAGCUUUAUUGAAUUAAUCAUUUCCAUGUUUUGCUUAACUAUUUAACUGCCGGACACAAGUGUCAACAAAAUGCUAGGAUUUCAUAUAUUCAUCAUUAUUAUUAUCGUUAGUUUAUCUCAUGAAUUGACAGUACAUAAUGAGAACAAAACAAAAGAGACAGUAUAUUACAAGCGUACUGAACAUCCUGUUUUGGAUGCAAACAGACCUAUCGCCAAAGAUGAAAAAAUGACAAUGGAAGAAUCCCCUGUACUCAUUAAAAAGGAAUCUACAAAAAUUAAACCUCGAAAAGGAGUUUUGGCUGAUUUAGAUUACAAAGUUAACCAAAAUGAUAAUCUACCAUUAGAUAAUUUAGUAGAAAAGCCAGUUCAAGAAAAGACUGACGAGGGCCCUUCAGUCAGUGAAUCUUUAGGUACCUCAAAACUAACAUCUACAACUCAAAAAUCAACAACACUUUUGCAUACCACUCUGGUUCAUGAAAAGCAAACUGCAAAUGUAAUAAUUAAAAUAAAUAGUACUACAACGGUGAGACAAUUCAACCCGAAGCCUACUGUUACUUUUGCCGAAGAAGAAGGUGAAGAUGAAUCAAUGCCACAAUUUCCCACAAGUAAAACGUUGUUGGGUAUGCCAAGAAAAAUUGAUUAUAUUGUGCCUGUUAUUAUUACAAUUACAGCCUUACCGUUGUUAGGAGCAGCAUUUUAUGUUUUAUACAAGAGAGGUAGAGAUUAUUGGGAUAAAAGACAUUAUCGAAGAAUGGAUUUUUUGAUCGAUGGAAUGUAUAAUGAAUAAGUUGUUAAAUCUUUUAUAAAAAUUGCCAAACUAUUUUUACAAAUCUUUGAUAAAUUUACUUUUGAUGCAAUUAUUAAAUUUUCAUUCUGAAAGCAAUAUACAAUUGAAAAAGUUAUAAGAUAAACCAACUUGUUUAAAAAUUUGUACAUACAUACAUACCUAUCUGUAAUGAUAUAUACUCAUCUUUAAAUUAAGUAAUCAUUCUCAUAUUUACUACAGACUUUUUUUAAUUAUUAUAAUUUGUCUGGUACAAUAUUUUAAAAAGAGAGAAGUAAGAGAUUUAUAAUUAGGAUUUAAUUAGAAUCUUUAUAAUUAGGUUUUUUAUUUUAGAAGGACAAAAUUGUGUAAUUAUAAAUGAUAAAACAUUAAAAGAAGUCAAAUAAUGUGCAGCAAAGCUGUGAUGUUAAGAUGAGAUUGAAGUGUUAAUAUAUGAAAUUGUAACAUACUGAUCUUCGUAUUUUAGUGUCAAAGUGUACUAUAAACUGUAAAUACGUCACAUUUUCUGAAAUUCAACUUGUGGCAUUUAAUUUUUAAUGUGAUUUAUAAUUGAUUCUGCCAUUGCGAAUAAAAAAAAUUUGAAAAUACGAAAACUGUAAUGGCAUUGAUGGCGUUGAAAGUUGCAUAAAUCGUUUUAGUUUCUCCUUUAGUUGCCCAAUAAAACAGUCACGAUACGAUAUUGCGCAUCAUGUGCGUGAAAAGCGAAGUUCGAGUUCGUCUUGUGUGCAGUGAUCGCGGAAAAUCAUCUCGUAUUAGUAGAUAAUUACAACGUGAGUGCGGGAAA